AUGCAGGAUCCUAGAGGUAGACAACUAAAAAUCAAUGGAAACAUUGUUAAUGUUCCAGCACAUGUUGUUAAUACUGUUAACAUGUUGCCAAGGUUUCCAAAUGAGACCAGCACAAUUAAAGUUAACCUUAAGAGAAGAUUGCAAUACAAAAGUUCAGCUUUAUCACCAAAUGUCAGACCAAAUAAAGUAGCAGAAGCUGCCAAAUGGCUUGUAAAUAAUGGUAAUCUCUUUAAAGAUGAAGGUAUAACUUUCAAUGACACUUGGCUUGAAGAUAAUUCAAAUACUCAAAUGGUAUUUGAUGAUACUGACAAUGAUCAACUUCAGAGGGUUCAGAAAGUUUUGUAGACUGUAAUGCAGAAAGCUUGAAUUGUGAUACUGAAUGUAAAACCCAGCAAUCAUCUGCAUGUGAUGAUGAUGAACACUGGAGUGAAGACGAGGCAGAAAUACCUGCUGGAAUCACUGACACUAUGUUAACAUCUCCAGAAUUUGUCACUGAUAAUGAACGUCAGCAUAUUUUAAAUGUUGCACCUGGUGAGGGAAAUAGGCCUAUGAGUAUAUUUAGAGAUAAAUACUCAGGGGAAUUAGCAUAUCCGGGUAUAUUUCUUUUACAGAAGCGACCAGACAAUACAAAUAGACCAACCAAAGUCCAUUAUAGUGAAAUUUGUAAAUCUGAGUUAAGAAGGUCUGACCGAAGGGCUGCAAUGUAAAACAAAGAAAUUGCAAAUGAAGAUUUUGCUUGGGCAAUCACAAGUUGCAUUGAGAAAAUGUCAACGAAAUAGUAACACAAUCACUGCCGGUCAAUUAAAACAACUGGGUGCAUUAGAUAACAUGAUUCAUCAGGAUAAAGGAUUUAAAUUUCUUAGAGCUGUGAGGGGUUCAACUCCAUAUUUUCAAAAAGCUACAAAGGAUAUAUUUGCAAUGAUCAGGCAAUUAGGAUCUGCUUCAUUAUUUUGUAGUUUUUCUUCAGCGGAAACCCAAUGGAUUCAUUUGCUGAGAAUACUUGGUAAACUCGUUGAUAACAAAACAUACACUGAUACUGAACUUGAGAACCUCAAUUGGGAAGAGAAAAGUAGGUUAAUUCAGAGCGAUCCUGUGACAUGUGCCAGGCAUUUUGAUUAUCAAGUACACAAGUUUUUGCAAAACUUUCUUUUAAGUAAUGCUGCACCUCUAGGAAAAAUUGCAGACUGGUUCUAUAGGGUUGAAUAUCAACAAAGAGGAUCACCUCAUAUUCACAUGUUAAUAUGGCUAGAAAAUGCUCCUACAUUCAGGGAAUAUUCUGAUCGUGAUGUUGUUUCAUUCAUUGAUACGAUAAUCACAUGUGAAAAGCCAACCGAGAAUCCAGAUUUACUUGCACUUGUAAACAGGCAAGUUCAUCGCCAUUCUCACACUUGUCGAAAGAAAUCCAAAAGUGUGUGUCGUUUAAAUAACCCACAGCCACCUAUGAGGUCAACCAAAAUUCUAUAUCCAUUAGAUAUUGAUAUGGAUGAUAAUGAAGUUGAUCAACAUAAAGAUACUUGGAAAUUUAUAAAGAAACAUCUGAAUGAUAUGAAAGAGGGUGAGGACAUUACAUUUGACCAGCUGCUUGUAAAUCUUAAACUGACAGAACAAAACUAUUUGCUAGCUGUUCAAUCUAGUCUCAAGACACCAACUAUAUUCUUAAAAAGGAAACCGAACGAACUAAGGAUCAAUAAUUAUAAUGCUGUAUGUCUCAGUGCAUGGCGUGCAAAUAUGGAUAUUCAGUUUGUACUAGAUGUAUAUGCAUGUGCAAUAUACAUUGUAUCAUAUAUAUCCAAGGCUCAAAAAGGCAUGAGUGAGCUAUUGAGAACAGUUUGUGAAGAAGCAAAAAGGGGAAACUCAACAAGUGAGAGAUAUUGGAAAUAG